AUGUCAUCCACCGGCGUCGCCACGGCAGCAUUGCGCUCAUCCCUCUGCAUAUCAUCAACAUCGCCAUCUCCUUCCGAUUCACUCCAGCAGCAGCUCAAAAACCCACAACCAAGCAGCGCGCAGCUCUCAGCAAAGCCCCAAAACAAGAGCAUCCUCCACAAACACCCACUCUACGCCCCGCUCCUCCACAACAACGUCUCCUCCCAAAUCAAAGAGAAAGUCCUCUGCCUCGAAAUCAUGGGCGUCGACUCCGGCAAAGCCCUCUCCCAAAACCCAACCCUACACACCGCCUCCCUCGACUCCAUCCACGCCGUCGUCUCCUUCCUCCACUCCAAAGGAAUCCACCACAAGGACUUCCCCCGCAUCUUCGGGAUGUGCCCUCAGAUCCUCACCUCCCACAUCCCCACCGCAAUCUCCCCUGUCUUCUCCUUCAUCAACAAAGACCUCGGCGUCCCCGACAACCAAUUCCGACGAGUAAUCAACAAAUGCCCCCGCCUAUUGACCAGCAGCGUCGCCGAUCAGCUCCGCCCCUGCCUCGAUUACCUCAAAGGAUUAGGGUUCCACGAUCUGGAAUCGCUCGCCUACCAUGACCCCGUGCUGCUGGUCUCCAGCGUGGAGAAUACCCUGGUCCCGAAAUUGAAGUACAUUGAGAGCCUGGGGAUGACGGCGGAGGAGGCGGUGGCGGUGCUGCUCCGGUGUCCGACGAUUUUCACGUUCAGUAUCGAGAACAAUUUGAAGCCCAAGUUCGAGUACUUGGUUGGGCAGAUGGGGAAAGACGGGGCGGAGGAAGUGAAGGAGUUCCCGCAGUACUUUGCGUUUAGCUUGGAGAAUCGGAUCAAGCCCAGACACGUGGAAGUUGUGGAGCAAGGCCUAGAUCUGUCUCUCGCUGUUAUGCUAAAGAGCACCGACGUCCAGUUCAAGUUCCUGCUUAGCGAGGCCCAGGCCCAGGCCCAGGCCCAAACCGUGGCAGAAUCUGUUUUGUAA